CCAGAAUAAACUCUGAGAUGCCUCCUAUAAUCCCGGGGUUUCCUCCUUGUAACGAGCCCAAUUUGCCUCAUCACCACAGCACCUGCAAUGGAGCCUUCUGUCUCUUUUGACUCUCUCCCUCUGCAGAAGGACGGUCCCCACGGAAAUGCCUGGGGCCUUUUUGGUCCAACGGACCAGCUAGGUAUGCUGAAUCGCCUCAGACCCGAGACAACGAGGGAAGCAGCAAAAGAAAUCAUCGAUGGGGUGCGCGUAUCCACCGACUGGUCACUGAACAGUAUGCAAAAACCGUGUUUUGGCCGUCCAAAACUCGACCACGUCGUGAAGAACAAAGCCCCGCGUGCUGUCAACGAUGACAGCCUUGCUUUCAAUACACAAAUUAGCUCUCAGUGGGACGGAUUCCGGCACUAUGGGUACCAAAAUGAGAAGAUUUAUUUAAACGGGUGUACUCUGGAGGAGACUAAAACUGGGGAUAGAAAUGGGAUUCAUGUGUGGGUUGAAAAUGGGGGGAUUGUAGGACGCGGCGUUCUCCUCGAUUACUCCUCCUGGGCGGAAGCACAGGGGAUAUCAAUCAACUGCUUCGCUACCACAUCCAUCCCUGUCUCUACUCUAAAGGACGUCGCCGCUUAUCAAGGAACAUCAUUCAAAAGAGGAGACAUCCUAUUUAUCCGCACAGGCUGGACCCGUGCCUAUGAAAAGCUGUCCGCAGAACAGUGCCAAGAGCUCGCCGAUCACAAGAUCCCACCGGCUAUUGGUGUCAAAUCAUGCGAAGACACUCUGCGCUGGAUCUGGGAUGAAGGCUUCGCAGCUUGGCUGCUCGCGGGCUGGGGCCUCCCCAUUGGAGAGUUGUUUGAUCUGGAUCGAUUAAGCCAAGAGUGUCGGAAGAGGAACCGAUGGAGCUUUUUCUUCAGUAGUGUUCCGCUGAAGGUGCCUGGUGGAGUUGCUAGUCCACCUAAUGGUGUUGCCAUCCUCUGA